CAGUCAGGCAGUGAAAUCAAGGCAGUGGCGUCGUGGUAUGUUUGUAACUUACUGCGGAAAGUUUCCAGCUGAAAUCUUGCGAUAUUCACAAUGUCAUGACAGUUAAAGCAGCCUUUAAGCUUCACUGGUACCUGUACCAACGUCCAGAAGAGCCAGAGCGGCUCGCAUCCCUCCUCUGAUUGGACAGCAGGGACUCCGGACGUCAUGGCAACAGUAUCCCGCGGAUCAUGGAAGUGAGUGAUGAGUUUGACAGCGGGAUGGAGGCCACAGAUGACCUCGCGUCGUUUGAGGUGGUCAACCUGUCGAACCCGGGCCUGCUGGAUCUGGGCACAGACGUCGACGGGCACGUCCAGGAGUCAAAGGACAGGACCAAACUCAAAACAAAACUCAUUUCAGCGUGGAAUAAUCUCAGAUAUGGAGGCUGGUCUCUGAAGAGCAAGCCGCGUCUCAGUAAGAGCAGCCCCGUGUGUCUGCUGGGACAGUCCUAUCAGCUGAGCUACAGCGGAGAGCGGGAGAGUUUCCGGCGGGCGUUCUCCUCUCUGCUGUGGAUGACCUACAGGAGAGGUUUCCCGCCGCUGGACAGCUCGGCCCUCACUUCUGACGCGGGAUGGGGCUGCAUGCUCCGCAGCGCACAGAUGCUGUUAGCUCACGGACUAAUGCUGCACAUGAUGCCCGCGGGCUGGACGUGGCCUGCGACGUAUCAUCAGACCAAAGAUGACCUGGAGGUGGUGGACACUCACAUGCUGGACGAUUCCCUCAGAGAGAGCCGGCGUGACUCGGGAAAGCAUCGCAGACGCAGUCUGGGAACCGCGCUAGACUGCGAGACUCACGAGGAGCGGACUCACAGGAGGAUCGUGUCCUGGUUCGGCGAUCUGCCCUCUGCCCCGUUCGGCCUGCACCGGCUGGUGGAGUUGGGCAGGGCCUCUGGGAAGAGAGCGGGCGACUGGUAUGGACCGGCCAUCGCUGCUCACAUACUGCAGAAGGCCGUGGCAGCGUCCGAGGUGUCCGAUCUGGCAGUGUACGUGGCGGAGAACUGCACAGUGUAUGUUGGAGACGUGUUAAACCUGUGUGGGACGUCCCGUACAGAUCUGUCAGCGAGGUGCAGGUCUGGCUGGAAGUCGCUGGUUCUGCUGGUGCCUGUGCGUUUGGGCUCUGAUAUGUUGAAUCCGGCUUACACCCGAUGUGUGAAGAGGUUGCUAGAGCUGCAAUGCUGCAUGGGAAUCAUUGGAGGGAAACCCAAACACUCGCUGUUUUUCGUGGGAUUCCAGGAUGAUCAGUUGAUCUAUUUGGAUCCUCAUUACUGUCAAGCUGCUGUAGACGUCCAACAAGACAACUUCCCUUUAGAGUCGUUUCACUGUAAAACUGUCAGGAAGAUGCCGUUUAACCGCAUGGACCCGAGCUGUACGGUGGGUUUUUACGCCGGAAGCAGAGCGGAUUUCCAGGCUCUGUGCUCAGAUGUCACUAAGGCUCUGACAUCAUCCGAGGAGAAGUACCCCAUCUUCACGUUUGUGGAGGGUCAUAAUGAGGAGGAGAUGAGCUGUACGUCAGACUCAUUCACUCAUAUAAAGUCCAAAGACAGGCCGGGCCGAAUCAAAAAGAAGAGCUGUUUGGAGGAGUUUGUGUUCUUGUGACGCACAGACUCUGUUUCCUGUUUGGUGCUCCAGUACUUCCUCCAGUUUCAGUCAUGUGAUCAAGACUGCCACACUCACUGGCAUGUCAAGGAGAGCUGGACUAUUUUGUGUGUCCAGAACGUGGGUGAAUGUAGGUGCUUUUUUACAGACUGCUGCUGUUAUUUUCUUGUUUUUCUGUAGUUGUCGUGUGUAAAGGCACCAUACAGGAGGAUGUGACGAGUUCGCUGAGCAGGUGGCUAAGCAGAUUACAUGUGUUUGGUGUGAUGCUAAUGACAGCAGACAGUGAGGCUCUCGGACGGACGAGGUGCAGAUGAUUUAGUCUCUGUUUAUGCGCUUUGCUGUUUGUCUAACUACUGUAUAAAUGGAGAGCUUUUAUUUUCAUGUUAAUUUUUCAGAGAUAAAGUAAAACAUUUCACAUCACCUCUUUUUUUUGUCGUUGGUGUUCUGACACACAUUUCUACCCAAAUUCUUAUGACAUGUUUUCAUUACCAGUACUUUUGAGGUGUUUAUUCUCCUGUAUUCUCGUUAUUCUUAGAGUUGAUUCUCAGAGUUUUCAUUAGGGCUUUAUAGAUUUAUACAGACCAAUUUAACUUCUCUGGUUAAGCAACAAAUCUGCUGUUAACACAAUCACAUAUUGACAAUCAAUAUCAGUUAACAAAUAUCAAUUCAAAAUUCAUUUUAUUUCUUAG